AAUAUAUAUACACGAAACAAAAAAGUUUCUGCUUCGUCUCCUAGGGUUUCUCAGAUCCGACAGCUAUCUCCUACUCUCCCAUGGCGGAGGUAAUGGACGCGCAGGAUGCCCUAGAUCGCCCGGAGAGGCAGCCUUCCCCUGCUGACGGCUCUCCACUCCCUCCUCCUCCUCCUCCCCCGCGGCGCAGGGAAAGGGAUUCUAGGGAACGGAGGGACGACUACUACGACUCGAGGAACCGCUCUCCGCCGCCGCCCCUUGCAUCGAGGGAUAGGGAAUACCGUCGUCGGAGCAGCCUGAGCCCGCCUCCUUACCGCGAGCGCCGUCACUCUCCACCACGGCGCUCCCCGCCGCCUGGCGGUUUCAAGCGCUCUCGGAGGGACGACGGUGGUUAUGAGCGGAGGAGAGGAAGCCCUAGGUAUGGAUAUGAUUAUGGAGGUUACGAUCGAGGUGUAAGAGGCGGGUACGAAGAAAGGUCUCAUGGUCGCUAUAUGAGUCGUCCCUCAGAUUGGCCUGAUGCAGGGAGGGGUGGUUUUGAUGGCUCUCAAACUCAAAGGGAGGGUUUGAUGACAUACAAGCAAUUUAUUCAAGAACUUGAGGAUGACAUAUUACCAGCUGAAGCUGAAAGGAGGUAUGAAGAAUACAGAACGGAAUACAUUUCAACUCAGAAGCGUGCUUAUUUUGAAACUCAUAAGGAUGAAGAAUGGUUAAAAGACAAGUAUCAUCCCACUAAUUUAGUUGCUGUUAUUGAAAGGAGAAAUGAGAAUGCAAGGGCUGCUGCAAAAGAAAUUUUACUUGAUUUGCAGAGUGGAACACUAGAUCUUGGUCCAGGUUUGACAAGUUCUAAUAAAUCUGGAAAUGCAAGUGAUCCAAACUCUGAGGAUGAAGCAGAUGUUAAUGGUAAAAGGAGAAGGCAUGGCAGAGGUCCAGCAAAAGAAAAUGAUUUAUCUACUGCUCCCAAAGCUCAUACAGUCAGCUGUGAACCUAGAAGAAUCCAGCUUGACAUUAUACAAGCUCAGGCCUUGGUUCGUAAAGUUGAUACUGAAAAGGGAAUAGGAGAUAAUAUUCUAUCCAGCACUGAUCAUGAUAAACUAGAUGGUGAGAAUUCUCAUGGUGGAUCUAUGGGGCCUAUUAUAAUUAUUAGGGGUUUGACAACCGUCAAAGGUCUUGAAGGUGCUGAGCUUUUGGAUACACUUAUAACUUAUUUGUGGCGUGUCCAUGGCAUAGACUACUAUGGCAUGUCUGAGACAAACGAAGGAAAAGGUCUUAGACAUGUAAGAGCUGACAGCAAAACUUUUGAUGGAUCUAACGUUCCAGGUUCAGGAGCUGACUGGGAGCAAAAACUUGAUUCAUUUUGGAAGGAAAGGUUGAUGGGUCGGGACCCUUUGGAAAUAAUGACAGGUAAAGAAAAAAUUGAUGCAGCGGCUGUAGAAGCUCUAGACCCAUAUGUCAGGAAAAUAAGAGAUGAAAAAUAUGGUUGGAAGUACGGUUGUGGAGCCAAGGGCUGCACGAAGCUAUUUCAUGCUGCAGAGUUUGUUCAUAAGCAUCUUAGACUGAAACACCCAGAACUUGUAAUGGAGUUGACAUCAAAAGUGCGGGAGGAUCUCUAUUUUCAAAAUUACAUGAACGAUCCUAAAGCGCCUGGUGGUAAUCCGAUCAUGCAGCAACUUGCACCGAAGGACAAGGCGCCAAGAAGAAGGUCAGUUUUAGAUGGUCGGCUGAGAGAUGAACGUGGUGGUGGCAGAGACAACAACAGGGGUGGUCAGCCUGAUGAUGAGAGGAUUGACCGGAGUGAGAAUUCUCCUUCUCGUGAUGGAUCUGGAGGGGAUGAUCAGCUGCAUGAUGCAUAUGGUGGACAAGGUUUGCAUGGGGCUUCUCCCUUCCCGUCUGAUAUACCACUUCCACCACAAGUUUUGAUGCCAGUACCAGGUGCCGGACCUCUGGGACCUUUUGUUCCUGCUCCACCCGAGGUCGCCAUGAGAAUGAUGAGAGAACAGGGUGGGCCAUCUUCUCUUGAAGCAAAUGGUGGCCCUCGAGGUAGAAAAGGAAGGUCUGGUCCAACAAUGAUGGGGCCUCCUGGCCCAAUUCUGGGUAUUCCUCCAGCAUUUCGACAUGAUCCUCGUCGCAUGAGAAGCUACCAGGACCUUGAUGCCCCCGAAGAUGAAGUGACUGUCAUGGACUACAGGAGUUUAUGACCCCCUCGAAAGCCUGUUAUGUAUGUUGCAAACUGAGUCUUUUGUAGGAGAUUGUUUAUUAGUGUGCCUUAAAGCUUAUGCAACAUUCAAUAUGAUACACAAUGAAAGCUUUUGGGUAAAGCUUAAAUCUUACGAAUUUAGUCUACAGUCGAGAGUGAGAGAGAUAGGGGGUGGGAGAGAGAGAGAUGUUAGGAAUUUGGGCUUGGGAGACUUGAAAGCAUUUAGUGCCAGUAAGUCUAGUUGUGAAUUGCAAUAGAAAGUUAAAUUUGUAAUGGAAUGUUGAUCUAGCUUUAGAGGGUGCUUUGAAGCAGGACCGUCUUGUUGUAUAGACUGGAUGUAUCAUGACUAAAUGGCUCUGUGAUCAUAAUUUUAGUUUAUUUAAUGACACCGGAAGAUCUCAAAAA